CUCCGAGUGCGGUGGAAGCGGUGAAGACAAUGUUGUCCAACAUCCGCAAUGCCUUCCGACAAGAAUUCCAGUCGUCCAGUUGGGUCACCGAUGAAGAUCGAAGAAUUGCCAUCGGAAAGCUGGCCAACAUACGAGCCUACGUGGGAAGUCCAGGACAACGCCUUGCACCCGAUUCCGUGGAGCGACUUUACAAAUCAUACCCCGACGUACCAACCAACAGCCUUUUUCCCUCAUGGAUCAAGGCUGUCGGGGUUUCAGCCCAUCAACUGUGGGCCGACCAAAAAACAUGGAUUUAUGAUGAGACAGACGUUAACGCGUAUUACGCACUUGGCGACAACACACUCUCAAUACCAACGGCCAUUAUCGCACGUCCAGUUUAUUCCCAAGGCGGCGUGGAGGCUCUCAAUUAUGGAGGCCUUGGUGCGGAACGACAAAAGGCCCGCCAGGAAUUGAGCAACUACCACGACUCCGAAAACUUGGCCGACGUCGUUGGCGUGAAAAUUGCGUACGGAGGCUUCUCUUCGUUGCCCCGGCGCCAGCGCAGGCGUAUUUUGUUUGGCACGAACAUCUCGGCAGAACGUUUAUACUUCAUUGGUCAUUGUGUCAAAUGGUGCAAAGAUAUUCAAUUUGGAUCGGGACGAUACGCACAAGAGCGUUCCCGGUGCAUCGUCCCAUUGAUGAACAUGCCGGAGUUCUCGGAUGCAUUUGGCUGCGCAGCAGGAGACCUCAUGAAUCCCGCAGAAAGGUGUGGAUUCUGGACGUAAAAUGAUACCAUUUACCCAGGUUCCGGCGAUUUUGUGUGCGCGUUCCUCCAUUCCCAUAGGUGCAUGCGCACCACUACGUAAAAGAGUUUAUGACGGAGAGUCAAUAAAGUCUGAGAAG